AUGCCUUCUGAAGAGUUACAAUACCCGACAAAGCCUUAUAGCAAGGUCAACCGAUAUGAUGUUCGAGCUUCAUACGCACUAAGGACGAUCCAUGAGCUCAUCAACACCAGUCCCAUUCUACAAGUAUCCUUCACGAUACCGGACUCUCCCUUUCCCAUGAUGCUGCCUAUGAUCGGCCAGAUGGGCUCGUUCGCGCGGCCCAGCUCUGAUACAGGCGACGUGCUAGAGUUAUAUUUACACGGCUACGUAUCCUCACGGAUAAUGAAUCUUUCCCGCAAGGAUAGCAGCGGCACAGAUGGAGAAGCGGUGACGGGUCUACCCAUCACGAUCGGCGCAAGCCACGUCGACGGCCUAGUCCUGUCGCUGACGCCCAACUCCCACAGCUACAACUACCGCUCGGCGGUGCUAUUUGGACACGCCGAGCUCAUCACGGAUAACGAGGAGCGGCUCUGGGCCAUGGAGCUCAUCACUAACAGCGUCGUGCGCGACCGCUACCGCCACACAAGGGUACCGCCCAACAAUGCCGAGAUGCAGAGCACGAGCAUCCUGCGCGUCAAGAUCGCUUCUGGAAGCGCCAAGAUCCGCAGCGGCAUGCCUAGCGAUGAGAAGGCCGAUCUCGAAGACGAAUCUUUACUAGAUCGCGUCUGGACGGGCGUUGUGCCGGUUCAUUACACUUUUGGCGAACCUAUGCCUGGUCCCUACAACAGACUCGACAAAGUCCCCGCGUAUCUAGAUGAGUUCGUGCGCGACUCGAAUCAAGACGCGAAGGACAUCGCCAUCGAAGCGGCGACAAAGACUAUGAAACCCAAGCCCAAGGCGAAUCUGGAAGAUUAA